CAAAUGCGGUUUCAUCCCACUCACACAGCACAGCUUGUGAGGCAAGCUUCGGCCUUUUAGUAUAAUUUGGCGGUUCAGCACGCCUUUUGAAAUAUUUCCUUUCUUCCCCCCAAUUUGCCUCCACUCUUUCAACACAAAGGAAAAUAGGAAUGGAACAGCAACACAGGAAUCAGAAGUCGAUGCUACAAGAACAGAAUGAAGAUCUCGAUGAUGUCCACCAUGGUCCUUUCCCUGUUGAGCAACUUCAGGCAUCAGGGAUCGCGGCCCUAGAUGUGAAAAAGCUCAAGGAUGCUGGUCUAUGCACAGUUGAAUCUGUUGUUUAUGCUCCAAGAAAGGAGCUUCUGCAUAUAAAAGGAAUUAGUGAAGCUAAAGUUGACAAGAUCAUUGAGGCAGCGUCAAAAUUAGUGCCUUUGGGAUUCACUAGUGCCAGCCAACUCCAUGCGCAGAGGCUUGAAAUCAUACAGAUAACUUCUGGGUCAAAAGAACUUGACAAGAUAUUGGAAGGAGGAAUCGAAACUGGAUCCAUUACAGAAAUUUACGGGGAGUUCCGGUGUGGAAAGACUCAGCUGUGUCAUACACUAUGUGUCACUUGUCAACUUCCAUUAGAUCAGGGAGGUGGUGAAGGGAAAGCUAUGUACAUUGAUGCCGAAGGUACUUUCAGGCCACAAAGACUUCUACAAAUUGCAGACAGGUUUGGAUUGAAUGGUCCUGAUGUUCUGGAGAAUGUAGCCUAUGCUCGAGCUUAUAAUACUGAUCAUCAAUCAAGGCUUUUGCUGGAAGCAGCUUCAAUGAUGGUGGAGACCAGGUUUGCCCUUAUGAUUGUGGACAGUGCUACUGCCCUUUAUAGGACUGAUUUCUCUGGGAGAGGAGAGUUGUCUGCCAGGCAGAUGCAUCUUGCAAAGUUUUUGAGAAGCCUUCAGAAGCUAGCAGAUGAGUUCGGUGUUGCUGUUGUUAUCACUAACCAAGUCGUCGCUCAAGUGGAUGGUUCUGCUGUAUUUGCCGGGCCUCAAAUAAAACCUAUUGGUGGCAACAUCAUGGCACAUGCUUCUACAACGAGACUAGCUCUGAGGAAGGGUAGAGCGGAGGAGCGGAUUUGUAAAGUAGUCAGUUCGCCAUGCUUAGCUGAAGCUGAAGCAAGAUUUCAAAUUGCUGUUGAAGGGGUCACAGAUGUAAAGGACUAACUGUGAUCCGCAAAUAGUCUACUAGUACUAUUUUUGUUUUCUACUUAGAGUACGUCUUUUGUCAUCAUUUUGAAGGUCAAUUGAAAGUGUGUUUUAUGAAUUCACGGCAAUUUUUGUGGAACAAUAUUCCUUCUACCAAAUGUAAAUGCUGUUUUCUUUUGGAUA